ACAGAAAAGGUUUCCUCAAAAGUUUUGACCCAAUUGUACAGUUUCUAAUAUACUUUCCUUUAAAUCAUUUAUUUCGUUUUAUGUUUGCUAUAAACUGAAAUUGAACCGUUAUCAGAAACCAGCUAAACUGAAUUCGAGCUUCAAGAUGUCCUUAGCACACGUAACAUAUUUCCUACUUUUCCUAUCCGCAACCCACGGGAGCCGUCAAAUAUUUCCUGAUAUGUACACAAACUUCAUUACGACAGAGAACCAACCAACUUGCAACAAAACAACUAAUGACGAUGGAAAGCAAAGUGUGCCAAGUGGUAUCCUUAAAAUGCUUAAAGCAUUGAAAGAACAUGAAUUGGAACAUAAUCCUUAUAAGGAGCAAGCGGAAGAAUUGGGAGAAGUGGUAGAUAUGCUGAGCAACUUACGAUGGCCAAAACAAAGAGAGUGGAAUUAUUUGUAAGGACACAUCCAAGAUUAUAAGAUUAUAUACAUAGCAAAGAUGUGGUUAAACAAUAUGAGAUGCCACGACUUCUAUGGAAGCAGCUUCUCAUAGUAUCAUUUUUAUUUAUCGUCGGCGACUGUACACUGCCGUCUCAAAAAUUAACAGGAAUCAAGAAAAACACGCUUUCCCUGCUUGAUAUACUUUCGGAAAAACUUGCGAGGGAGCAAAUGAAGCGACAGAGCGCUUCGGAUACUUUUAAGGCAAUUUUAUUUUCUGAAUCUUUACUAAAGGAAAGUAUGUUCCAUAAAUGCAAAUCGCCACAAAAGUUAAAAAACAAUUUAAAACCAUUUAUAACCUCUGAGAAACCGCAACCGUCGAAAAAUUUGCAAAACUUGGAAACUGUACGAAAUGUGGCCUGGGAAAAGUUGCUAGAUCAGUACCCGAUGAAUAAAAAAUCAAUAUACUCACAUAACCUAAGUCCUGUAGGAAAAUAUAUAGCAAAAAACUUGGAAACUGAAAGAAAUGUGGCCUUAGAAAAAUUGCUAGAUCACCACCCGAUGAAUAAAAAAUCAAUAUACAUACACAACCUAAGUCCUGUAGAUAAACAUACAGCAAACAACUUGGAAUCUGAACGAAAUGUGGCCUUAGAAAAAUUGCUAGAUCACUACCCGAUGAACCAAAAAUCAAUAUACAUACACAACCUAAGUCCUGCAGAUAAACAUACAGCAAACAACUUGGAAUCUGAACGAAAUGUGGCCUUAGAAAAGUUGCUAAAUCACCAUCCGAAGAAUAAAGAAUCUUUAAACGUACACAAUUCAAGUCAAGUAGGAAAAUAUACAGCAAACAACUUGGAAACUGAACGAAAUGUAGACUUAGAAAAAUUGCUAAAUCACCAUCCGAAGAAUAAAGAAUCUUUAAACGUACACAAUUCAAGUCAAGUAGGAAAAUAUACAGCAAACAACUUGGAAACUGAACAAAAUGUAGACUUAGAAAAAUUGCUAAAUCACCAUCCGAAGAAUAAAGAAUCUUUAAACGUACACAAUCCAAGUCAAGUAGGAAAAUAUACAGCAAACAACUUGGAAACUGAACGAAAUGUAGCCUUAGAAAAGUUGCUAAAUCACUACCCGAAGAAUAAAGAAUCAUUAUACGUCCACAAUCUAAUUCCCGUAGGAAAUACUAUAGCAAACAGAAUACAAAACAUUUUAAGUUUGUUAAAAGAGGCAAAUCAUGAAACAAUUUCAAAGGACCAAAAUAAUUAUUUAUUGCCAGGUUUGCCAGAAGUCAGAUCUCAAGAAAAAACAUUGUAUGAAAUAUGGAAUAGAUUUCAAUCAAAGGUUCUGGAGAAGCUGUUUAGCACAAAAACCACCGUACACGCAGGACGAUGUGGCACUAGAAGACAAGAUGCGAAUGGAACUAGUACCGAAUGCUAUGUAUAUCCCUACUAUUAUUAUCCAGCAUAUUACCCGUAUUCAUAUGCUUAUUACUAUCCGUAUUCCUAUGCUUAUUACUAUCCGUAUUACUGGGGACGUCGUUGAUAUAUAAAUUUAUGAAUUACAUACCUAACUAUUAAAAAUCGUUUUUAUAGUAUGUACCAACACAUAUACACCGUGGGCCAAUUAAGCCCGACAGAUUUCAACCACGCAUUCCUGAGGUUUAUUACUUACCUAAUAAGGAGCAAAAAAAAUAUAAGUUUUGGCCUGGAAUUAAAAAAAAUGUUGUUUAUUUAAAA